UCGCGUGGCUGAUUGAUCGCCCCCCCCGCGCAGACACUAAAGAUUAAGACGGUGACAAACAGGCGGCUGCUUACACAGCGCCCGGCGCUAAUCUGCCUUGAAGAGAGCACGGCCACGGCCCCCAGCCCGCAGAGCUGCCGGGAGGUGGGAGCAGCCCCGCGGCGGGGACAGGGACGGGGACAUCCCGGCAUGGCUGCGUCGCCGGCGGGGUCGGUGGUGAGCGCCGGGCUGGAGGACAGCCCCUCGGGGCUGAGCCCGGCCCCCGGCAAGGCGCUGAGCCCCGUGCUGCUGUGCAAGGUGUGCGGGGACACCAGCAGCGGGAAGCACUACGGCAUCUACGCCUGCAACGGCUGCAGCGGCUUCUUCAAGCGCAGCGUCCGCAGGAAGCUCAUCUACAGGUGCAGGCAGGGGACAGGGCUGUGCCCGGUGGACAAGGCGCACCGCAACCAGUGCCAGGCCUGCCGGCUCAAGAAGUGCCUGCAAGCCGGCAUGAACAAGGACGCCGUGCAGAACGAGCGUCAGCCCCGCAGCACGGCCCAGGUCCGGCUGGAUAGCAUCGAGCUGGACGCUGAGCUGCCCCCCGAGCACGUGGCCGCCACACGCGAGGUCCCCUCGGUCCCCUGCCCAGCCCCGCGUGGCCCCGGGGCCACCGCUGCCACCACCACCGUCCCCCGUGCGCCCACGCCGCCCACCAACCACCGCUUCAUGGCCAGCCUGAUGACGGCCGAGACCUGCGCCAAGCUGGAGCCUGAGGACGCCGAUGAGACGGUGGAUGUGACGGGCAGCGAGCCCGAGCGGGCAGGCAGCGAGUACCAGGUGGCACCGUACCCGGCGGCUGGUCCCGAAAAUGUCUACGAGACCUCGGCGCGCCUCCUCUUCAUGGCUGUCAAGUGGGCCAAGAACCUGCCCGUCUUCUCCAACCUGCCCUUCCGCGACCAGGUGAUCCUGCUGGAGGAAGCAUGGAGCGAGCUGUUCCUGCUCUGCGCCAUCCAGUGGUCCAUGCCCCUGGAGAGUUGCCCGCUGCUGGCUGUCCCCGAGCCGUCCCCUGGCAAGCUGCUGCCGGCCACCAUGGACGUCCGGGCACUGCAGGAGACCCUCGGGCGCUUCAAGGCACUGGCGGUCGACCCCACCGAAUUCGCCUGCAUGAAGGCCGUGGUGCUCUUCAAGCCAGAGACCCGCGGCCUGAAGGACCCCGAGCAGGUAGAGAACCUGCAGGACCAGUCACAGGUGAUGCUAGGCCAGCACAACCGCUCCCACUACCCGGGGCAGCCCGUCAGGUUUGGGAAGCUGCUGCUGCUCCUGCCGGCGCUGCGCUUCCUCUCCUCCGAGCGCGUGGAGCUGCUCUUCUUCCGCCGCACCAUCGGCAACACCCCCAUGGAGAAGCUGCUCUGCGACAUGUUCAAGAACUGA